UUUUUCUCUAAACGUUAAAAAGACAAAAUUUCAAUACUUUAAUUAUGGUGGUAUUUUGUUUGUUAGAUAGUUUGUGAGAGUCUGAGACGGAAUUUGGUGCACAUACUUGUGGUUUGUGUGUAUUUUUGCUGGAAAAAAAUGGAGAUUGCGGCAAAGAGUAACUCGAAACGUAUGUAUUCAUGGUGGUGGGAUAGUCACAAUACCCCCAAGAAUUCUAAAUGGCUUCAAGAGAAUCUUGCAGAUAUGGAUAAUAAUGUGAAGCAGAUGAUCAAGGUUCUUGAAGAAGAUGCAGAUUCCUUUGCCAGGAGAGCAGAGAUGUAUUACCGUAAACGUCCUGAGCUUAUGAAAUUGGUUGAAGAGUUCUACCGUGCAUAUCGCGCUUUAGCUGAGAGAUAUAAUCAUGCAACGGGCGUAAUCCACAAGGCUCAUGAGACUAUAGCAGAAGCGUUCCCAAACCAAGUUCCGUUGAUAUUUGGUGAUGAGUCACAUGUUGGUGCUUUGACAAAUGAUGUUGAUCCACAAACACCAGAUAUGCUUCCUCCUACCCGAGCUUGGGGUAACCCAGAUGAGUUGCGAAAAGAUGGUUUUGGGUUCUCUUUAUCUCAUGUCCAUGAUGUAAAGAGGAAUAUAGAUUUUAGUGAAGAACCUACGUUUGUGAGUAAUGGAAAAGCAAGAAAAGGACUGAAUUUCAAUGAUGGAGAUGGAAAAGGAAGAAAUGAUCUCAAGGCUCAUAUUCUUUCAGAAUCUGAACGAGCUAGCAAAGCUGAAGCUGAAGUUGUGGCUUUAAAAGACUCCCUGUCUAAGAUGCAGGCUGAAAAAGAAGUUAGCUUAGCACAGUUUGAGAAGAAUUUGGAGAGACUGUCAAAUCUAGAAUCUGAAGUAUCUCGUGCACAAGAAGACUCAAGGGGACUUAACGACAGAGCCGCAAGUGCAGAAGCUGAGAUCCAAACGCUCAGAGAAACCCUCUACAAACUAGAGUCUGAAAAGGAAUCCAGCCUUCUUCGGUAUGAAAAAUGCUUGCAAAAGGUAGCUAAUUUGGAAGAUGGACUCUCUGUAGCCCAUAAGGAAGCUGGAGAAAUAAAUGAGCGAGCCAGCAAAGCUGAAGCUGAAACUCUCGCUUUGAAGCAGAGCCUUGCUAAAGCAGAAACUGACAAGGAAGCUGCUCUUGUUCAAUACAGGCAAUGCUUGAAUACGAUAUCUAACCUAGAAGAGAGACUGAGGAAGGCUGAGGAAGAUGCAAGGCUUAUCAAUGAGCGGGCUGAAAAGGCUGGGAUAGAAGUUGAAAACUUGAAGCAAACGGUCUCAAAAUUGAUCAAGGAUAAGGAAGCUUCUGAACUUCAGUUCCAACAGUGCCUAAAUAUAAUUGCGGAUCUAAAAGUAAAACUACACCAUGCUCAAGAAGAAACACAAAGUCUUAGCCAUGAAAUAGAGGAUGGAGUUGCUAAGUUAAAGUUUUCUGAAGAGAAAUGUCUUGUGCUUGAGAGAUCAAAUCAGAAUCUCCACUCUGAGCUGGAUAGUCUCUUGGAGAAACUGGGGAAUCAAAGUCAGAAGUUCACAGAGAAGCAAACAGAGCUGGUCAAAUUGUGGAGUUGUGUACAAGAAGAGCAUUUGCGUUUCCAAGAAGCUGAGACCGCGUUUCAAACCCUACAGCAAUUGCACUCUCAGUCUCAAGAGGAGCUCAAUAAUUUGGCUGUGGAACUUCAAACCAGGUCUCAGAUCAUGAAAGACAUGGAGAUCCGAAACAGUGAGUUGCAUGAGGAAAUUGAGCAAACCAAGAUUGAGAACAAAGGUCUCAAUGAGCUCAAUUUCACUUCGGUUGCAUCGAUUAAAAGUUUGCAAGAGGAUGUCUCAAGCUUAAAGGAAACAAUACAAAAACUUGAAGCAGAGGUUGAACUAAGAGUGGACCAGAGAAAUGCUUUGCAGCAAGAAAUAUACUGUCUUAAAGAGGAAUUAAGUCAGGUAGGGAAGAAAAACCAGUCCAUGAUAGAACAGGUGGAAUUGGUUGGGUCAUCAGUCAAAGAAUUGCAGGAGGAAACCUCAAUCUUAAAAGAAUGCAAUGAGAGAGAAAAAAGCGAAAAGACGGCUCUUUUAGAGAAAUUGGAAACUGUGAAAAAGCUUGUUGAGAAAAACCUUAUGCUGGAAAAAUCUGUAUCUGAUUUGAAUUCUGAAAUGGAAUCAAUCAGAAGGAAGCUGAAGACGUUUGAGGAAGCUUGUCAGUCACUCUCAGAAGAGAAUUCAUGUCUUAUUUCUGAAAACCAGCACAGUGCCAUUGAGAACAUUGUUCUUAUUGAAUGGCUUCGGCAACUUAAGUUAGAAGCAGUUGGUAUAGCAACAGAGAAGAAUGACCUUGAGGGUAAGGCAAAGAAGAUUGGUGAUAAGUUAACAGAUGCAGAAACUGAAAAUUUGCAGCUAAGGAGAAACCUGCUUUCUAUCAGAUCGGAGAAACAUCACUUAGAAGAUGAAAUUACUAAUGUGAAUAAUCAGUUACGUGAGAAGGAGAAGGAAUUUGAAGAAAUCAAAGAGGAGAAAGAAAAGCUGAAUCAAGAGGUUUUCAAAGAGAGGAGCAAGGCUGAAUUGUGGGAGUCUCAAGCUGCGACAUUCUUCUGCGAUAAGCAAAUCUCGGCUGUACAUGAAACAUUGAUUGAAGCAACGACACGGGAGUUAGCUGAAGCCUGCAAGAACCUUGAAAGUAAAAGCGCAUUGAAAGAUGCGGAUAUUGAAAAGUCUAAAAGAAGCCAAGCUAUUGUCUUGUUGAAUGAAAGCAUUAAAGCUUUGGAGGAUUAUGUUUUCGUGAGUCGUGAAUCUGCGGAUGAAAUUUCAAAGGGUGCUGAUUCAAUAGAUAAACUCCCCAAGUUGGAAGGUAUGUGUUUAAGAAUCAAAGCUAUUGCAGAGGCAAUAAUGGAAAAGGAGAAGCUUUUGAUGCUUGAGAACACGAAUGCCUACUCUAUGCUUGAGGCGUCACUGAAACAAAUCAAAGAAUUAAAAACGGGCGGCGGAAGAAGCAUGAGGAAGCAAGAAGGAGUAAGUGGCAAAAUGCGGAAGCAGAGUCACGAAAUCGAGAUGGUAGUGAAAGAUAUUGUGCUUGAUCAAACCUCUGAUGGAUCAUCGUAUGAGAUUGUAAGUAAGAAAGGAACUUUGGAGUUAGAUCAUCACGGUUUUGUUGAGCUAAAGCCAGUUAAGACUCACAAGACAGAAACUGCGACUAAAGCCACGAAAGGUAAAUCCUUGUCUGAAGAGUCGCUGAUUGUCGAUAAAUUAGAGAUUUUCGACGGAUUCAUGGAUCCGAACAGAGAAGUAAACAAGAGAAAAGUUCUAGAAAGACUUGAUUCGGAUUUACAGAAGCUGGAGAAUCUUCAGAUCACUGUAGAAGAUUUGAAAAGCAAAGUCGAAACAGUGGAGAAGGAAAAGACGAAAGUAGGAGAAAACGAGUAUGAAACGAUCAAAGGACAGCUCGAAGAAGCAGAGGAAGCAAUAGAGAAACUGUUUACUGUCAAUCGAAAGCUGACCACAAAAGCCGAAUCAGAGAAAGAUAUUGAUAGAAGAAGGAGAAUAUACGAACAUGCGAGAAGAGGAUCAGAGAAGAUUGGGAGGUUACAGUUGGAGAUACAGAGGAUUCAGUUUCUCUUGAUGAAACUUGAAGGAGAGAGAGAGCAUCGAGCUAGGUCGAAGAUUUCAGAUACCAAAUCGAAAGUUCUUCUUCGAGACUAUAUCUAUGGUGGAUCCAGAAGCGUAUCGAUGAAGAAAAGGACGAAGAAGCGGUCUGCGUUUUGUGGUUGCGUUCAGCAGCCACUGUCUCCUUGAAGUUAUUGAAACUGUUGUUACUUCAUUCGCAAGUAACAAACAAUAUAUUAAUGUUAAUUGU